UACAUCCUCUGGUCUCUGGUCUUGCGGUGCGGAUGCCGAAAGCCGUGCUGCGCGCUGCGCCGGGUGGUCCAGGUGGAGCCAUGGAGCCCGGCGACCUGCCGAGGGGUGAGGACUCGGGCGAGGUGGAGGGGGUCGCGGCUCCUGGCCCGCCGGGCUCAAUUCCUGAAAACCUCGGAGGUCGCGGAAGAGACCGACACAUCUGACAUGUCAUUUGAGGAGCUGUUAGAAUUGCAGAGCCAAGUGGGAACCAAGGCAUACAAACAAUUGGUCACUGGAAACAGCAUUAAGAGGCAAAGCUCUAGACAACCUGUGUGUGUUGCAGAUAAGCACAGGCCUCUGGAAAUGUCAGCCAAAGUCCGAGUACCAUUCUUACGCCAGGUUGUUCCCAUCAGUAAAAAGGUGGCCCGGGACCCCCGCUUUGAUGACCUGUCAGGGGAAUAUAAUCCUGAGGUGUUUGACAAAACUUAUCAGUUCUUGAAUGAUAUUCGAGCCAAAGAGAAAGAGCUUGUGAAGAAGCAGUUGAAAAAGCACCGCUCAGGGGAGGCACAUGAGAAGCUGCAACAGCUGCUUCAGCGGAUGGAACAGCAAGAAAUGGCACAACAGGAGCGAAAGCAGCAGCAGGAGCAGCGCCUAGCCUUGAAGCAGGAGCGGCGGGCUCUGGCCCAAGAGGGCCAUCGGCCAUACUUCCUGAAGAAAUCUGAGCAGCGUCAGUUGGCCCUGGCUGAGAAGUUCAAGGAGCUGAAGCGCAGCAAGAAACUGGAUAGUUUCUUGAGUCGAAAGAGGCGACGAAAUGCUGGCAAGGACAGGAGACAUCUCCCUUUGAGCAAAGAGUAAUGAGGACCUGUCUCUGUCUGCCACUGUCCCAGGGAGGCCUGGAUCUGCAGGGCAGGCUUGGGGUCAGCCAGUUCUGAUGGUUUUCCGUUCAGUGGCAAGAAUCACAGCUGCCCUUUCUCGAGGUUGUCUUGGGAAACUUAGAGGGCUCUUGGACUCUUCCUAGGAAUGCACAAGAAUUUGAGCUCAGCCUUCCAUCAUGUCACUGCCUCUGCUCAGAUCUGAUUCUUAUGUCCUUGUGUCUUCCAUCCUUGAGACAGAAGAAAAGGGACCUGGAGGAGUCUGUCCAUGGUUCCAGGGCUCACCAGUAUUCUUGGUACUCAUCUUUUUAUUGCUUUUUUUUUUUUUUUUUUUUUAAUUCUGGGGG